AUGGCUGAAGAAAAUAUCAACCCAAAGCAUUUUGUUCUGGUGCAUGGUCUUUGCCAUGGCGCCUGGUGUUGGUACAAGCUUAAGCCACUAUUGGAGUCUUCAGGCCACAAGGUCACAACUAUCGACCUUGCAGCUUCUGGCAUCGACACACAGAAAAUUGAAGACGUUCAUACGUUUUCUGAGUAUUCUAAGCCUUUGUUGGAGUUCUUGACUUCGCUUGCUCCAAAUGAAAAGGUGGUUCUUGUGGGACAUAGUUUUGGAGGGUUGAGCAUAGCAUUUGCUAUGGACAUUUUUCCCGAAAAAAUAGAAAUGGGAGUUUUUUUAACAGCUGAUAUGCCUGAUACCCUACACAAACCAUCAUACUUAUCAGAACAGGAUCUGGAGUUGGCCAAGAGUUUAAUAAGGCCAGGGUCCCUUUUUGCUGAAGAGCUGUAUGUGGCAAAGAAUUUAUCUGAAGAGGGAUAUGGGUCAGUUCCACGCGCUUUUAUUGUUUGCAAUGAGGACUUAAUAUAUCCAUUGGAGUUUCAGCAAUGGAUGAUCCAAAAUGCUGGGAUUGAUUUGGUGCGGGAGAUCAAAGAAGCAGAUCAUAUGGCUAUGCUUUCCAAACCCCAAGAACUGUGUUUAUCUCUCCUCGAGUUAGCUAAUAAGCAUGCUUAA